AUGUCAGGCAAGAGCAAUAUUACAACAAAGGAGCAAGGAGCCUCUGCCAGUCCUUUGAGUGACCUGUCAGCCGGAGCCAACACUGCCGCCGCCAGCAAUGGCAGCAGCUCCGGACCUACCACUGCUGUUGCUCCCCCUUCAGCAAAGUCACGCAAGAACCCCAUCGAGUCUAAGGCGCAAAAGCCUUCGUUCUUGUCGCUGAUUUUCUGUUGUGGAGCCAACUUUGUCAAUGACAGCGAUGCAUCGGCCCUUCAGGUUGGACCGCAGAGUCGUCCCCCGACUGUGAGCACUGGAAGAGCGGCAGGCAAGAAGGCCGUGGCCGGACAGUUGGCCGAUGAGAAGCCUCCUCAGGCCCAGCCGACCUUGGUGGAUAUCACCGCCACUGCGGUCCUGGAAGACCAGGUCGGGACCAAUUCGAACUCACAGGAGAUUGAGCCACCUGGAUUACUCGGACCCAUCGCACCAGAACACCAGGGCAGAAAGUGCUUAGUGCUUGAUCUUGAUGAGACUCUUGUUCACAGUUCCUUCAAGCUCAUUCCUCAAGCAGACUACGUUGUCCCUGUCGAGAUUGAUAACCAGUCGCACAACGUCUAUGUGAUCAAGAGACCCGGUGUCGAUACAUUCUUGCAAAAGAUGGGAGAGAUCUACGAGGUUGUGAUCUUUACCGCCAGUCUGUCCAAGUAUGCGGACCCAGUUCUGGACAUGCUCGAUAUCCACAAGGUGAUUAAGCAUCGUCUGUUCCGUGAGUCGUGCUUUAACCACAAGGGCAACUACGUCAAGGACCUCUCCGUAAUAGGCCGUGAUCUGAAUAAUACGAUCAUUAUCGACAACUCCCCAGCCAGUUACAUUUUCCACCAAACCAAUGCGGUCCCGAUCUCGUCAUGGUUCAACGACCCGCAUGAUACCGAACUGCUGGACCUCAUCCCCUUCCUUGCAGAUAUGACGGUGGUGGACGACGUCAAUCCCAUUCUGGACAUGACCAAUGAGGAGCAACAAUAA